GUUGGGAAUGUUGGAACAUUUUGGGAGUACCGGUAGCUAUGGAGAAGACAGAGGGGCCUUGUACCAAGCUAGUCUUGCUAGGUAUAGUCAUAGAUUCCGUGAAGGGCCAAUGCGAGUUACCAGAGGAGAAGGGGGAAAAGGCCAGGGAUCUGGUAAGGGAAAUUGUAGGGAGUAGAAAAAUAUCGCUCAGGGAAAUGGAGAAAGCCCUAGGAAUUUUGAACUUUGCGUGUAAGGUUAUACCAGUGGGCAGAGUAUUUAAGAGAAGAUUGGAGUUGAGUACCUGUGGAAUAAAGAAGCCAGAACAUAAAAUCAGAAUAACCAAAUAAUUGAAGGAAGAUCUCAAAGUGUGGGAUUCAUUCUUGAUCCAGUUUAAUGGGGUGAGGAUUUGGGAGAAGGAAAUUCUAUGGGAGGAACUUGAGUUUUUUAUGGAAAGGGGGAAAGUGGUGCGCAGGAGGGUGACCAGAAAGAGGGAAGGAAAUGGAUUGGGUUAAGAACUGGGAACUGCUGGAGCUAUUCCCCUUAGUGGUAGCAAUAGAGUUAUGGGGCGAGGAGUUAGCAAAUAGAAAUUUAAUCUGUUGGUCGGACAACAGGGGAGUGGUAGAGGUCAUCAACCUUCUAUCGGCAUGAUCGCUACCAGUAAUUAGGUACCUAAGGUAUUUGGUGCUGGAAUGUUUAAAGCAUAACAUCUGUAUCAGGGCCAAACAUAUUCCGGGUUUCAGAAAUGUAGUGGCGGACACGCUAUCCCGUUUUAAAUGGGAGAAGUUUAGGGUCUAGCCCCCAAUGCCAGACAAGAAGGUAAAUGUUGCCCUGGACUUCUUUGGCAGAUUGGCAACGGAUAGACGGAAUCAAGGAACUCGUCGAAGGCCUUGGCACCAAGUAAAUGGGCGGUUUACAGAAAAUAUUGGGGACUAUGGUGCAAGCAUAGGAAGGGGACACGAGAAGGAGAGGAAGUAAUUGAGGAAGAGUUUUAGAAUGUUUGGUGGUGCUGCGGAGGGAAGGCGUAAAAAAGGGGAGAUUGAAUGCAGUGUUAGCAGGGAUUUCAUACUGUUCGCAGCUAUAUGGGGGAAUAGAUUGGUCCAGGAAGUUUAUAGUAAAGAAAAUAGCAAGGGCAUGGGGAAGAGGGGAAGAGAAGGGAAUGGAUAAAAGGGAACGAAUAACGGAGGUCAGAUUACAGAAAAUGACAGGGGCACUAGAAGGGGUAUGUGCAAACAGGGACGAGGCGCUAAUUUUCAGAACGGCUUUUGUAGUGGCAUUUCACGGAGCAAUGAGGAUAGGGGAGCUGUUACCAAAAAACAGAAGAAUAGGUAAAGGGGGUGUAGAGACAGGGGACGUAAGAUGGGGGGAAGAAGCCGUACUAAUAUUGGUAAGACGAUCUAAAACAGACAAGGAAGGAAAGGGGGCAUGGCUAAAUAUGGCUAAAACAGGGGGAGCACUGUGCCCGGUGGCCUGUGUUAAGGAGUACCUGAUAACAAAGAGGAAAGGGGGCCGCACAUUUCUGAGGCAUGCAGAUGGCUCGGAUGUAACAAUCUUCCAGUUUAAAAGCAUAUUACAAAGGGUAGUUAAGAAACUGGGGUGGAAAGAUGCACACCUCGUGCCGCAUUCAUUCAGAAUAGGAGCAGCGACCGCCGCAGCGGGUAGGGGUUGUUCAGAGGAACAAAUUAAAAAACUAGGGAGAUGGAAAUCCGCUGCGUACAAAUCAUACAUAAGAGUGCAAAAGGAGUAAAGCCUCAAUUAAAAUGUGCUAAUGGUUAAAGUGUUUUUUUGUUUUACAGGCAAAGCGUUAAGGGUGUGGAUAGUAGGGCAUUCCUACGUUUACUGGGCACAGGCUAGGGCGGCAGCAUCGGCGCAGGGAGUAAAUUUGGGGCUAUCGCACAAGGAAGUUAGCAUUAGAUGGUUAGGAAAAAGAGGCAUGAUGUGGGAUGAGUUAGUGCCAACAAUACAGCAGGCAAGGAGAAGAUGGGGGUGUCCGGACGCCAUAAUUAUACAUCUGGGGGGGAACGACAUAGGCGCUUACCCACUUAGAGAGCUAGAAGAGAAAGUUGCAGGAGCAAUGAGAUGGUUGAAGGUGGCAUGGCCAUCAGUCAGGGCGAUAUGGUCCAAUAUAGUUUCAAGGAUAUACUGGCGGAACUCGUACACGAGCAAAGCAGGAUAUAGAUCAAGGAGAAAAGUGAACCAGGUAGCAGCAAAGGAUAUGAAGGAAAUAGGGGGUAGAGUGGUGGAGCACCCACUGAUAGCAGUGAAAAAGGAGGAGCUAUUCCGACGGGAUGGAGUGCACCUAACGGAUGAGGGGAAUGACCAGCUGCUGGUGGACAUCAGAGGGAUGUGCCAAGAGUUGGUAAAGACGCAGCAGAGCAUGAUGCAAUAACCGGAGAGGUCACGUGAGAAGGCAGUACUUGCACGGCUAAGGGCAGGACGUUGACUAAUUGGUUGAGUCGCAGUAAGACCGCCCGUGCUCCUCAAUAAGGGGAAGAACACAGCGCAACCGAAGGGCAGCAGGUGACCUGGCGGUCUACGCUGACUGGAGGAUAGAAAACGGCAGCUGUUUUUAACAUAGUAUUGAGCAUACAAUCGCAGCAAGCGGUGAAGUUUGUGCACGACACGUGGGCGGGGCAGAAGGGGAGGUGGGAGGAUCCCGCGGCAUACCCAGCCCUGAGGGGUGAUCCGGUGG